AUGAAAUUUGACUUUCCUGAUGAGGGCAUCAUGUUCAUUCGAGAUUGCAAUAUCCCAGUCCCCGACGAAGGACUCGAACCAGGAUCAUGGUGGAGGCUCAUGUUCGACGGUUCCUCUAAUGCAAAAGGUCAUGGGAUAAGAGAAAUUAUCACAUCUUCGACUAUUUUGCACAUUCCAUUCAUCGCUAGAUUAUGCUUUGACUGCACCAACAACAUGGCAGAAUAUAAGGCAUGUAUCUACGAUAUUGAAGCAAUUAUUGACUUGAGAAUUAAGAUUCUUGAGUUGUAUGGAGACUAUGCUUUAGUAAUCAGUCAAGUUCGAGGAGAAUGGGAAACUCGGGAUAAGAAGUUGAUUAUGUACAGAGAACACAUGGUGAAGUUGAUUCCCUAUUUUGAUGAAAUCACUUUUCAUUAUAUCCCAAGGGGAGAGAAUCAGUUAGCCGAUGUUUUAGCUACUUUUCCAUCCAUGUUUAAAUUCAAGUGA